AUGAAGAAGGGAGAUAAGUCCGCCAGCGAGUACAUGCAGAAGGUGAAGGCCCUCGCCGACGCCAUGGCUGCCGCUGGUUCCCCUCUCUGCGAUGACGAGAUCAUCGACUACAUGCUUACCGGGUUGGGAACUGCGUUCAACCCGAUAGCGGCGUCUAUGGACUUCGCGGCCACGCAUGUCACGCUGGCCAUGUUCUACAAGAUCGUACUCAACUAUGAGGGCCUUCAGAAGCAGCAGCAGGCAGAUCCCGAGGACUGGACCUCCUCGGCUAACGUCGCGUCUCGCCCCUACUUCAACAACUCCGGGCGUGCGGGCGACUCGUCUCGCCCUAGCGGUGGUCAUCCCGCGGGUGGUGGCUCGCAGGGACAGCAUGGCCCUGUCCAAGGAAGCCACGGACAAGGGUCUGGAGGUCACGGUGGAGGUGGCCAAGACCGUCGACGCAACGACGGCAAUGGCGGCAACAAUGGCCACAAUGGAGGAGGACGUCGCAGGUGGUGCCCCCAGUGCCAGAUUUGUGAAAUCUGGGGGCAUGACAUGAGUGAAUGUCGUCGGCUCUAUUGA